GCUGGCUCUCGGAGAGUGUGAUCAGUAGUCCUCCAAUGAGAGACGGCAAUAGUGCGAGGCCAAUUUUUAUACUCUCUCAUUUUAGGAGCGUGAGGACGGCCUGAAGCCUGAGAUAAAAGGCAGCUGUGAUGGAGGCACGAAAAAAUGAAAAGAAUGAAGCCAGAGGUAAAGGCGGAUGCAAAGGCCCGCAGGGUGACCGACCAGACAUCAUCUCUCAAGUCGAAAGGAUACUGAAUGUCAACACCCUGCCCAAAGCAGUGAAGAGGAGAGUGUAUGCUCUGAAGAGAUUGCAGGGCCAGUGCUCUCAUAUAGAGGCCAAGUUCUAUGAGGAAGUUCAUGAGCUGGAGAGGAAAUAUGCUGGUCUCUACCAGCCCAUAUUUGAAAAGAGACAGGCAGUGGUGUCGGGAGCAGUGGAGCCCACCGACGAAGAGUGUGAGUGGCACAGUGAAGGCGAGGAGGAAGAGCUGUCUGAGGAUAUGAAAAAGAAGGCUGCUCUGGGAGAGAAGAAAGAAGAUUCAGCCACUACUGAAGACCCUAAAGGCAUCCCAGAGUUCUGGCUCACCAUUUUUAAACAUGUGGACAUGCUGGGGGAAAUGCUGCAGGAGCAUGACGAGCCAAUCCUGAAACACUUGCAGGACAUCACAGUGAAAUUCUCUGCACCUGAAGAGCCAAUGAGCUUCACUUUGGAGUUUCAUUUUGAGCCCAACAGCUACUUCAGCAAUACCAUCCUCACUAAAACAUACAAGAUGAAAUCAGAGCCAGAUUCAGCAGACCCUUUCUCAUUUGAGGGGCCAGAGAUUGUGGACUGUGAGGGUUGCAAGAUAGACUGGCAGAAAGGCAAAGACGUAACUGUGAAAAUGAUUAAGAAAAAGCAGAAGCACAAAGGCAGAGGAACAGUGAGGACCAUCACCAAGGAAGUGCCACAGGAUUCCUUCUUUAACUUUUUUAACCCUGUCAAAGCAUCUCCAGAUGGAAUGGAUGAGGAUCUGGACUUCACUCUUGCCACAGAUUUUGAGAUUGGUCAUUUUUUCCGAGAGCGGAUCAUCCCCAAAGCAGUGCUCUAUUUCACAGGAGAGGCUCUGGAAGAUGACGAAAGCUUUGAAGAGGAGGAUGUUGAAGAAGGUGAUGAGGAGGACCUUGAGGAGGGUGAAGAGGAAGAUGAAGGCGAAAUCGACCGCACUGCAUGAAUCAUUUACACUUCCAUGCAUUUCUAGAAAGAGCCUCAGCCAGCAGAGUGUAAGCAGCAGUAAAUACAGAGAUGGCUCUGUGUGAUCUUGUCUCCUGCUGGACCUGCCAUAUACCCUAAAAAAAAAUGCAAUAGAACUCUAAGCACCAUGUAGGAAAUGCAUGAUCAUUUAUGUUUACGUCACAAAAAAAAAAAAAAAAAAAAAAAAAAAAAGCGUGACUACAUAAAACAGUUUUACAUCUCACCCUUUUAGAUCUAAGGCCUCUUUUGUAAGCUCUUCUGUAUAGGACUGGAAGUUUUGUUUGAAGAGGUGUGCGCGCGCAUGUGUGUGUGUGUGUGUGUGUGUGUGCUCUCUCCCCAGUAUAUUUAUCUUUUCUCAGUUAUUUGUCACUCUUCUAUGAUUGGUGACAUUACAGAAUCCUGAAUAUACCAUAUCAUACUGUAGGUCACUCGGGGUUUUUUGUUCUGUUUUUUUAUUUUUUUUUUUGUGUGUGUGUUUUCUUAAACACACCAUAUACAGUAGUUCUGUCGAGAAUGAAACUGCUGUUAGGUAAACUAUAGCUACGUAUAUCAGAACCUCUCUCUGUUACAGCACAGUUAAUUCAGUGUUCAAUUUGGGAGGUCAUAUCUAGUCUCAUGUAGCUGGAUGAAAUGGAGUACAGUAACCGAAACAGCUAGGAAUUGCCUUCAAGGCUGAGAUCGGUGUCAAAAAACAGCAAUCUGCAGUGGAGUGUGGGUAGUAUUAUAAACAUAGUAUAUGCUUUUUAAAAAACACUGAUUUAUGUUGCUCUUAGCCUUGCUAACCAGAACAAGCAUCAAUCCUGCACUGACUCUUCUCUAAUUAGUCAGAUUUUCAAUGUAUGUGGCUAUUUUUUUUCUUUAAGUUCUGAUUUAGCACUGUUUAUUUUUAUAUUUGCUUUAACAAGACUAAAGGUUGACAAUGCAUAGUACUUGCAACAGGAGUAUGGGAUUUGUAAUGUUUUCUUCAUUUUGUUUGAUCAGGAUCUUGGGUAAUAAGGAGCAAGUGAAUGUUAGCCCAGUGGCUUUCUUUUGCACAUCAUACCAUGUUAGACCUCAUUAAAAAAAGAUGUGGAAAAUACUAAGUGCUCAUUACUCAUGUUAGACAACACUGACGUUAAACAAGCACUUUGGUCUGGAUUUUCAACCAGGUUUCUUUUGUUCUGUGAUCCUUGCUAUCAUACAUAGAUUUUUUUUUUAAUUUCUUAUUAAAUAAGUAGCUCUUGCUUGAGAAAGGGCAGAUCUUAAAGACACUGCCCAAGUAUUAACCAUAUGCUAGCAAUGGCCUUAAUGGGAAUGUCUUGGGUUUUAAUGCAAUGUUGUUUCAAUUUGUAUAAAAUAGUCAAGAGUAUUCUAUUAAACAUUGUGUAAGCUAA